AUGCGCGGCCUCGAUGAAAAUACUGACGUCCUUGUCCGUACCGGUCAAAAGGCCCAAGAGCAAGUCCGAAAUGCGUGGGAUGGGUUUGUAAACUUUGCGGCAAGGGACAACGUCUUGGAGGUUGCUUUGGGUUUGAUUAUAGCGAAUGCUUUCACGAAAGUAGUCACAUCUUUUGUGUCUGACAUGGUCUUACCGAUCGUUUCACUCCUCCCGUUUCUGAAUAGAAACAUGGACCAGAAAUUUGCGGUACUUUCAAAGGGACCGAACUUCAGUAGUGAGGGAUACAACACACUGCAUCAAGCGCGAGAGGAUGGAGCGUUGGUUUUGGCGUAUGGGGCGUUCAUCGAGACACUUGUGAAUUUCUUUGGCGUGAGCCUCACUCUUUACGCAGCUGGACAUCUGUACAUGUUUUUCUUCCACACCAAGAUUAUUAAACCAACGGUCCGAUGUCCAUAUUGCAAGCAGUUUAUCAGCGAGAUGGCCUUGCGCUGCCGCCAUUGUUCGACAUGGCAGGAUGGAAGGGAGGACGAACCCAAGAGUAACCGAAGCCCCCAUGAAGGAUUGCCCGAUGAUGGGCCAAGCUUGGUCGAGGCAAGUUCUUAG